CACAGCUGCGACAUGAUUUAUAGUGCUGCAAAUGUGUUUCCCUGGCAGUGGAUAAUCAGUGCUGGACUGGAACUUGAAGGAGCUGGGCAGGAACUCCCUUGCCUUGGCUCCCUCGCAGGGCAUCCCAAUUAACCUGAGUCACAUUUGUGUUUUUCUCUGUUCACUGGGACUAUUGCUCUGUAUAUUGGUGAACCCCAAGUGUCUUGCAUGAUGUGAGGCUGCUUCAAAUGGAAACGGGAUCACAGCUGGGCUGUCAUUCUGAAAUUACCUAUUCCCAGGGUGAAGGGUGCUAUUCCCUCUGCUCCCCACUCCCCCAUGGGACUGCUAUAAGGAGUUUGCCAAUGAGUAUAAAAAGCUGGUGUUUUCACAUGCGUAAGAGGCACCUUAAGCAUGACAAGGAAGAUCUUCACCAACACCAGGGAGAGGUGGAGGCAGCAAAAUGUCAACAGCGCUUUUGCCAAACUGCGGAAACUCAUUCCCACCCAUCCACCAGACAAAAAACUGAGCAAGAAUGAGACCCUCCGUUUAGCCAUGAGAUACAUCAACUUCCUUGUCAAGGUCCUGGGGGAGCCAGGCCUGCAGCAGACAGCAGUGGCAGCUCGGAGCAGCAUCCUGGGGUUCUUCCAGCAAGCCCCACACUUGCAAAGCAUGGAGGAGCUGACACUAAUUGAAAACUGUGGUGUCUCCUGUCCUGGCAUGAGCAGCGAUAUAGUAGAGUGUUGGUCAGAGACAUCAUCUCCCUAG